AUGACCAACAUCCGAGGUCUCACGGGCAAGGGCGUCCCGCCCACGCCGUCCUUCUUCUCCAUCCUCCGCGUCGCCGUCAUGGUCCUCUCCCUCGCCGUCCUCGCCGCCUGCGCCUACAACCUGUCGCUCCUGGGCGGGAACGCCGCGUCCAGCUACAGCGGACCGCCGGGCUUCAUGCUCUUCGUCACCCUCUUCACCCUCCUCGUCCUCGGCGGCGCCAUGGCCCUCGAGCGCUUCGCGCCCCACCUCUACUUCCGCAUCGCCCUCCUCGUCGCCUACGGCACCAACGUGCUCUUCUGGCUCGCCGGGUGGGCCUGGUCCGCGAGCAUCGCGGCGCUGUUUCUCGGGAACACGUGUAUCGGGAGCACGUGCUUCGGGCCGACGACUGGGGAGAAGAGGUACGGCGGGAGCAUGGCUGCUGCGGCGGCCAUUGGCGCUGUGAACUGGGUCAUGAUGAUUGCCGUCUUGUUCUACUUCAUCAAGGGGUGCCUCGCGGACCCGGAUUGCUAUGGUGUGUCGACGGGACACGGUGCUGAGAUGGGGAGUGUCAAGGCUGAGGGCAAGGCGCCUGCUCGGACGUCCGGGUCUGAGUGA